GGAGAGAGAUGGCUCGAGGAGGAGGUCCGCGAGGAGGAACAGAUCGGACGGAAUCGCGGACAAUGGAGGGAAGAGGAACGGGGAGGAGAGUGCGGUUGGUUGGCGGAAGCGAGCGGGAACGUGUCAUCGAGCGUCGAGGAGCGUUUCACAGGGUUCGAGGGCUCGCAGAAGUUCCCUAUAAAAGUGACGUACAAACCGCCCACGGCGAUCCAAGUGGAAAAGUUCGACAGAAGGCACUUCGGGCCGCCGAAAAUGGAGGUGGUCGGCUCGGAGACGACGCUCGCGCCCUAUCCGUCCACCGUGUCCCCCGAUCUUCCCAAGAGCCCUGGCAGGGACGUGCUUCAUCGGCAUCGCAAGGUCGACGAGAACACGGAGGAGGAGCGGAGGCAGGAGGCGAUCGAGGAAGCGAACGAGAGAGGGGAGGACGACAGCUGGUUACCAGGCGCGUCUUCCGGCCGGCGAUCCUCCAACAUAGGAAAAUCAUUCCCGGACGAGAAACGCGUCUCUUCCACCACCUCUUCCUCCGCCCACGUUUUUCCAUCGACCGGUAUCGAGGAGGCGACGAGGGAUACGGGCGAGUCGCGAGAGAGCGAGGAAGAUAAGGGGAUCGUGAAAUCGGGCGAGAAGAUAAACGUAACCAUCCUGGGUCUGUUCGAGAUGACGCGAGGCAACGAGGCUAGGGCGGAAGGGUCGAGCGAGCUACAAGCGGCGAGAUUGGCUGUCGAACGCGUCAACCGAAUGAACGUCCUCUCCAAAUUUCGCCUACGUCUUAUUCACAACGAUACCAAGUGCGACCCCGGCGUGGCGGUUGAUAGAUUCUUUCACGCUCUCUACUCGGCGAAGAAGAACGAUCUGAUACCGUUGUUGCUGGGCACCGCCUGUUCCGAGGUCACGGAAACCUUGGCCAAAAUCGUGCGCUACUGGAACGUGAUACAAGUCUCGUUUGGAUCCACGGCGCCCGCCCUCUCAGAUUCCACCGAAUUUCCGCUCUUCUUGCGCACCGUGGCGCCGGAUUCCAGUCACAAUCCCGCUAGGAUAGCGCUCAUCAAACAUUUUGGAUGGGACACCGUCACCGCUCUCUCUCAAACCGACGACAUGUACUCCCUGGCUGUGAACGAUCUAGUCACGGAACUGGAACGAGCGAAUAUCACGUGCACCGCUACCAUCACGUUCGCGGAGAACGAUUACAAGGAGCAGUUGAAAACUUUGAAAGAAUUGGACACGAGAAUCAUCAUAGCAAGUUUUUCGCCGCAAUUGGCGUCACGCGUUCUGUGCGAGACUUGGAAACUAGGGAUGCACGGAGGGGACUACGCGUGGAUCCUGCCAAGUGACACGAUCGAGCUAUUGAAAACGCCGAAUAAUUCGAAGGAGGAAUGCACGCUUUCGCAGCUGAAUCAAACUUUGAAUGGUUCGAUUAUCGUCAACAGUCAUGACUCCGCCUUAGAAAACGAAAUUACUUCGUCCGGUCUGACAAACAACAAUUUCUUGUCGGAAUUGGCGAGCAGAGGCGUGACGUAUUCGAAGUUUGCAGGGCAGACCUAUGACGCAGUCUGGGCUAUGGCAGUCGCGUUGGAAAAGACCGAGGCUAUCUUGAACCGGGAUAACAUCAGCUUAGCCCAGUACACGCACGCUAGAAAGGACAUCGCGUUGCAUCUAUUGGAACAGUUGAAACUUUUGCGCUUUGUCGGAGUUUCGGGACCAGUGUCGUUCGACGGUGCCGAUCGAAUAGGCAUCACGGCGUUCUAUCAGAUGCAGGGGGUUAAGAGAAAGGUAGCGAUUUUCAGUCCGGAGGAUGGAAAAUUGGUAAUGAAUUGCUCGGAAUGCGAAAUGAUGAGAUGGCCGGACGGACAUCCCCCAGCAGCUCGAAGGGUUUUCCGGUUAAGGGUGGUGACGGUAGCACCUGCGGCUUUUCUAGCGGUUACUUGCCUCGCCAGCAUCGGUGUCACUUUAGCGUUUGCUUUCUUGGCGUUCAAUUUGCACUUUCGCAAGCACAAGAGUAUAAAGCUUUCGAGCCCUAGGCUCAACAACAUGGCUGCCGUUGGCUGCGGUCUGGUCUACGGUGCGGUCAUACUUUUGGGCUUGGAUCACGCCACGCUUCCCGACAGCAAUCAUUACUAUCCUACAGCGAGGGUGUAUUUAUUGUCCGCGGGCUUUUCCCUGGCAUUCGGAUCGAUGUUCACCAAAACCUAUCGCGUUCAUCGAAUUUUCACGAGAAGUAGAAGCGGUGUUGUCAAGAACAAGCUACUUCAGGAUACCCAGCUUAUAAGCUUGAUCUGCGUACUUUUGCUGAUAGACGGUCUCGUGGUGACCCUGUGGGUGACUUUCGACCCGAUGCAACGUCAUCUUCGAAACUUAACUCUGGAGAUGAACCCGCAAGAUAGAGGAGUGGUCUACCAACCUCAGGUAGAGGUGUGUCGUUCUCAACACACGAACAGCUGGUUGGGGGCGCUUUACAUUUACAAAGGUCUGUUGCUCGUCGUCGGCCUGUAUAUGGCUUGGGAAACGAGACACGUGAAAAUACCAGCUUUGAACGACUCGCAAUAUAUCGGGAUGAGCGUUUAUUUCGUGGUGAUCACCUCGGGAAUUGUCGUCGUGUUGGCGAAUUUGAUGUCCGACCGUGCAACACUGGCAUUCGUCACGAUCACCGCUCUGAUCUUGGCUUCCACGACCGCGACACUCGCGUUGCUCUUUCUUCCCCAGCUUACCAACAUUUUGGCAGGCGAGAGGGCCGAUCCCGUGGUGCAAAGUCUCGGUUUAAAGAUCGAAUGCAACACGAGAAGAUUCAUGACCGACGAUAGAACCGAGCUUCAAUAUCGCGUGGAAGUGCAGAAUCGUGUGUACCGUCGUGAAAUGGCACAGCUGGAGCUGGAAUUGGCCAGAUUGGAGAAACAAUUGGCACAGGAACCGGUUGAACCAUCGCACGCUUCGUCGAGCGCAUCGAUUCCGCAACGCAAUCCGAGCAUCGGGGGUGGUCUACCUUUGUUGUUGCUCAGCGUCCUCCCACCGGUCAUCCCCAGGGCUAGCUGGCCGUCCGCUGAUUCAUCCGGGAUACGACGCGGUACUGUAGCGUUUAGCAGUCAGCCGGAUUUGGAGCCGGACGCGGGGAGGCGAAGUCUGGCGGACAUUUACAAACUUCAUCAACGAAGGGAGACGGAAGGGGCAAAUCUAGGGGUUUUUCAACGAUUCUUCAGCCUUUUCGGCAGUCGUCCCAGCAGCAGAAAAACCUCGAUCGCUUCGUUCACGGGAGUGGCAUCGGCGUUACGGGUUCAUAUGGGCUACAUCGCCGGCCUGGUGCCAGGCACGAAAGCCGCGUCUACCUGUCAGGUUAACGCCCAAGGCGCUCGUUCCCCUCAUCCUCGAUGUGGCUCAGGACCAAUAAUUAGUAUUACUAGCGAAGAGGAUCGCAGAUUAAGCCUGGGGUUACAUCGUAAAGAGUACAGCGAGCCGAGAGUGAAUUUUAGUUUGCCGGCCAAAGCGAGCACCAGCCAAACGUCGUCGCGGGAAAAAAUUCGAGGAUCUCCCCGAUUUCCUCAUCGGAUAGUGCCGACAAACAGUUUGAACACGAUUGCAUCGGGAUCGUCGAUCUCGAAAUCUCAUCGAUGGCAUUCCAUGGAAGACGCGAGAAAAAGCAAAGUCUGCCAACUCCCUCGCGGCUCGUCGUGCAGCCCUAGCUGCGACGUGUGGGCAACUCGUGAAUUCGGAAUACCAUUAAGCGAAUUGGGGAACACUGUUCGGGGCAAGAAAGUCGCGGAAUCAUUAGCUUCGACCGUUAUGGCGGAAUCGAAUGUAAAUACCGAUGACGCCAACCAUUCGAAGAAAUUGUUCCAAGAGAAUGGUAGCAGCCAUGUUGGUAGCCCUAUCGACGUGAAAACUGCUCGUUCCGUUUCCUCCUCGUCCUCGUCCUCGUCCUCGUCCUCGUCGUCGGCGUUCCACGUCAGGGCGUUGAGCGCGACGAACGACGCGUCCUCCUCCAGAAACGGAUCCACUCCUGAAUCUGCCCGGUUAAAUACCGGCACAAACUUGAUCGAGAAAUCGGAUUGUUCUCGACCCACGAGCCCCGUAAUUCGCGUGAUCAAUCCUCCCGAAGAGAUGGAUGAUCGCGAAAUCGUACGAAAAUCAACUGCCGCGUAGAUUAAAAUAAUAAGCGUGGGGGGGGGGGGGGAAUGACUCGCUGCUCCGUGGAUAUUCUUUUUUUUUUCCUCUCUCUUUUUCUUCCAUUCUAUUUGAACGUAUUUACGUGUACGCUCUUCUAAUCAAGAGGAAGAAGAAUCUCGAUAAAAGAGCGUGAAACACGCGUGAAUUUCUAGAAAAACGAAUAUCUGAAAACGCGUGGUUAAUAUUUUUUUUUUUUUUUUUUUAUU